AUGCCCUCUAUCACCGACGUCAAGUGUAUCCUCGUCAUCGGCUCGACCGCCGGCAUCGGCCGCGCGCUCGCGCUCAACAUCCUCGCGCUCCCGACGAAGCCGACUGUGAUUGUCGCUGGUCGUCGGCAGCAGCGGCUUGACGAGAUAAUCAAGGCGGAGAACAAGGACGACCGCCUUCGGGCGGUUCGGUUCGACGUCAAUGCCGAUCGGGCGACGCUCAAGAAGUCAGUUGACGAGGUGGUCAAGCAGUACCCCGAGCUGGACGCUGUCAUGUUCGCCAGCGGUGUUCAGCAAGAGUUCGAUUUUACGAAGCCCGAAAGUGUAGAUCUCGACAAAAUUGCGGAAGAGCUGAACACAAAUUACACCUCCGUCGUGAACAUGACCACCUUCUUCCUCCCCCACUUCAUCCAGCUCAGCUCGUCUGGCCGCCCCUCGUUCAUCUAUGCCAUCACAUCCUCUCUCUCCAUCGUCUCGGGUCCCUGGGUACCAUGCUACUGCGCCUCCAAGGCCGCGCUUCGGAGCUUUUGCCAGAGCAUACACGUCGCCCUCAAAGACAAGAACGUGCAUGUCGUCGAGAUUCUGCCCCCGCUUGUCGAGUCCGAGCUCCACGAUCAUCAAGGCAAGAGGGAGGCAUUAUCCAAGACUUGGAUGCCGCUCGAUGACUUCACCGAGAAGACAAUGGCCGGGCUGCGAAGCGGCGCAGCAGAGAUCCCCAUCGGCCAGGCAGAGACGUAUCACAAGCAGUUCGAGACGGGGAAGCUAGAAGCUGUCGCCAAGCAGUAUGAGCAGCGCAAAGCGGCGGAGAAGGGUAACUGA